UGCAUAAAGGAAUGACAGGCAUUCUUGAGCUGAAUCAGUGGUUUUGAGACCCAGCGGUUUUUUCAAGAGUUUUAUCCCAACAAUUGUCCACUGCCUGAAGUAGGUGAAAUGAACUUUAGGAUUAGGCGAUGGCUACGAUUUUGUGGUGAAAAAAAAAGUUCCUCGGGGAGCGCGUGAUUGUUGCUUUUUCGGUCAAUUGAAGACAGAAUGGGCCAGACGUCUGUCUCUACCUUGUCUCAAAAUGCGAGCGGUGUUGACGGACUGGAAAAAUGUUCUCUGGCCAGCUGUGAUGUUGUGGUGGGCAGCACCCAGAAUCCUCCACUGAAGCAGAAGGGGAAGCUCUCCACUAUAGGGAGGAUCUUCAAACCCUGGAAGUGGCGCAAGAAGAAAACCAGCGACAAGUUUCAGGACCUAUCCAUAUUUCUGGAGAGGAAAAUCUCCACGAGGCAAAGUCGAGAGGAGCUGAUAAGACGAGGAGUCCUCAUUCCUGAUCAAGGACCAGAGGACCCAGUGAACCCUGCAACUCUAAAUGGCCACGCCACGCUUAGUCUGGGGUCAGAGGAGGUCAAAGUUGACAUAGAGUCUCCUGAAAUGCCUUCAGAGGAGAAGACCGAAGAGUUAGAGAAUUCUGAAGACAAAGCAGCCAAAUCCUCUCAUCCUAAGAAAACUGGAGGCACAUCCAAGACCACGGCCCAGUCCUCAUCCUCCUCAUCGUCCACACAGUGUACCACAAAGAUCUCGAAGGACAGGCCUGCCAAUCCAACCGGGACAGAGAAGACCAACAAGCGCGAGCUCCAACUAGAAACUGACCCUUCCCGCUUCUCUGGAGCUCCCAAGGCCUCCCCAGACACAGACAGCCUCUCAGGUGAAAGAUGGCUCACGGGUCCUGGGGAUGGGAACCAGGGGGUUAAGGAGGAUCCCUCUUCUGGCCCAGAGGGCAGGCCUGUUGCUCAGGAUAACUCCUCUCUGCCUGGGGUGGAUAAAGACAAUGCCUCAGGUGCUGGCCCUCAGGACCCUGGAGAGAAAGCACCACUUGUCAACAGCACCACUGAGGACACUUCCUUCACUGAGUCUCAAAGUGAGAGCUCCACGGAGGAAGCCCUGAGGACUGGGAAAGAUGGAGGAGGUGACCAUGAGCAACAGUCGGGGGACGAAGACCAUGACUUAGAGAAAAAUCGGAGGCCUACCAAUGGGAUUGGUGAGAAGCUCCACAGUGUUAACCUGGAGAGCCCAGAGGUUACAGUCAUCCCAGACAGUACUACGGAGUCUGACUACCACUCCAUAGUCAGCGACUCCGACUCAGAUGGGCCCAUCCUCUACCGAGACGAAGAAGAGGACGAGGAUGAGGAGGACGAGUAUACCACAAGCUCUCUAGCCAGUAAGAUCCGCCGCAGGGACACCCUGGCCAUCAGACUUGGCAACCGGCCCAGCAAGAGAGAGCUAGAGGAGAAGAACAUCCUGCCUCGUACCUCUGAGACCGAGAGGCAGGAACUCCGCCAGCAGAUUCACUCCAAGCUAGUGAGACGACUUAGUCAGAGGCCCAGUACUGAGGAACUGGAGCAGAGGAACAUUCUGAAACAGACAAAUGAAGCUGAUCAACAUGAAGCCAUACAAGAGAUUAAAAGGAGACUCUCCCGAAAGCUGAGUGUGAGGCCGACAGUAGCAGAGCUGGUGGCUCGGCGGAUUCUGCGCUUCAAUGAGUACGUGGAGUGCACAGAUGCUAAGGACUAUGACCGUCGCGCAGACAAACCCUGGACCAGGCUCACUCCAGCUGACAAAGCUGCUAUCCGUAAAGAACUGAAUGAGUUCAAAAGCAAAGAGAUGGAAGUUCAUGAAGAGAGCAAACAAUUUACCAGAUUCCAUCGGCCCUGAGGCAUUUCUCUCUCCAGUGGGGGUGCUGGUCGGCUGCCGGCAUUGCCUAAAGGCUCUCUCUCCCCGCUGCGUGUUUCACCAUCGGGCUUUUCCCCGGAGCCUGGGGCCUGGAUGCCCCUCGGCACGGACAUAUGGACACCGUCUCCCAGGGCCAACCUGGCUCCAACUCUACAGAUCAAUAGAGGUUGAUAACAUUGGGCCACACCUGCUUACACAGACCAGACCAGACUGAGCUUUAGUGCUGUGUGAAAAGAGACAGACCGAGAGAGAGAGAGGCCAUUAUCCAUGAAGGACAAAACAGUUUCACUUUGUAACACAGCACUGAUUUAAUUAACCACAUACUUUUUGGCUUCCUGAAGCACCUUAACAGGCCUUGACCAAGUCCCCAUGGACUGGAAGGGAAAUGGUUUUGCAACUAUGACAAUGUUGUAGGUUAGGCAAGUCCAGCCAAAGGUAACAGUAAUCAAAUCAAUGUUUAUUUGUGAUAUGCACAGGAUACAAUGUAAACCAUGCAAUGCAAUGCUUACUUGCAAGCUUCCCCAACAGUGCAAUGACAAAUAUAACCAAAUCAGACACAUAGUCCUUAACUUCACGUAAUCAUGGAAGUGCAUGGCAAGGUGUUAAGAAUAAAUGGUUAGUUUUACUGCCAUGUGGUCCUGAUGGUGGAAAUGAAGGUGUUUGGGUCUUGUUUUAAGGGGUAAUUGUUGAUGCUGAUCUCAAAGUGGCUGGGAGUACAUGAAUUUUGCCUAGAUAAUAAGGAAUAUGUAUCAUUACUGUGUGCACCAAUCAAUUUACAUUCAUUUCAGACUGCUAAGGGCAGUUGUAGAAUAUAGGAAGAGAACCAUAGUAUGCAUACUAAUGUUUUUCUCAUUCUAUGGAUUUUUUUUGUACAUAAUGUAUAUCGGUUGCAUGAUCACAAGUUUACUGCCAAUUACCCUAUAGAUUUUUACAUUGAUGUGAUGUACAGGAUGAGUUUCGUAUUGAUGGCGCUAUGUGCUGUUCAUAUGUGAGUACUGUAUCUUUGAAUUAUGUCAGUACAUAAUAUUCAUGUAUGUACAGUACCAGUCAAAAGAUUGGAUAAACCUGCUCAUUAAAAGGUGUUUCUUUAUUUGGACUAUUUUCUACAUAGUAGAAUAAUAGUGAAGACAUCAAAACUAUGAAAUAACACAUAUGGAAUCAUGGAGUAACCAGAAAAGUGUUAAACAAAUCUAAAUAUAUUGGAUAUUAUAUUCUUCAAAGUAGCCACCCUUUGCCUUGAUGACAGCUUUGCACAUUCUUGGCAUUCUCUCAACCAGCUUCACAAGGAAUGAUUUUCCAACAGUCUUAAAGGAACCAAAAAUCUCAAAUUUAGAACAAAGGACAGAUUUCCAUCGGUCUAAUGUCCAUUGCUCAUGUUUCUUGGCCCACACAAGUCUCUUCAUCUUAUUGGUGUCCUUUAGUACUGGUUUCUAUGCAGUAAUUCAACAAUGAAGGCCUGAUUCACGCAGUCUCCUCUGAACAGUUGAUGUUGAGAUGUCUGUUACUUGAACUCUGAAGCAUUUAUUUGGGCUGCAAUUUCUGAGGCUGGUAACUCUAAUGAACUUAUCCUCUGCAGCAGAGGUAACUCUGCGUCUUCAUUUCCUGUGGCAGUCCUCAUGAGAGCCAGUUUCAUCAUAGCGCUUGAUGGUUUUUGCGACUGCACUUUAAGAAACUUUCAAAGUUAUUGAAAUUUUCCGUAUUGACUGACCUUCAUGUCUUAAAGUAAUGAUGGACUGUCGUUUCUCCUUGCUUAUUUGAGCUGUUCUUGACAUAAUAUGGACUUGGUCUUUUACCAAAUAGCCCUAUCUUCUGUGUACCACCCCUACCUUGUCACAACACAACUGAUUGGCUAAAAUGCAUUAAGAAGGAAAGAAAUUCCACAAAUUAACUUUUAACAAGACAGACCUGUUAAUUGAAAUGCAUUCCAGGUGACUACCGCAUGAAGCUGGUUGAGAGAAUGCCAAGAGUGCAAAGCUGUCAUCAAGGCAAAGGGUAGCUACUUUGAAGAAUCUAAAAUAGAACAAAUAUUUAGAUUUGUUUAACACUUUUUUUGGUUACUACAUGAUUCCAUAUGUGUUAUUUCAUAGUUUUGAUGUCUUCAUUAUUAUUCUGCAAUGUGGAAAAUAGUAGGUGUGUCCAAACUUUUGACUGGUACUGUACAUGUAUUGCCACUCCCAUAUCCAUCAUGCAUAUACGAGGUCUAUAUAUUCCUCUAAAUUGCUUUAUUGUUCCGUUGUUGAUCACAUACAUAGAUACGAACCAUCAACGGUGUAUGCUCAGGAAGAAGAUGCCAUAACCCUUCAGUAUUAGCUACAUAGACUAAAAGUGACCCCAUGGCCACUUAAAUGGAGUAAUAUGUUGACUUAGGGCUCUAUUCAAUCAGAUCCGCUUAAAAAUGAAAAGAUUCACUCACUGAAUAGAUGCAGUGAAAUGUGUUGUUUUACAGGGUCAGUCAUAGUAGUACAGUGCCCAUGGAGCAAAUUAGGGUUAAGUGCCUUGCUCAAGGGCAUAUCGAUUGACCUUGUUGACUCGGGUAUUUGAACCAGUGACCUUUUGGUUAUUGGCCCUGCGCUCUAACUACUAGGCUACCUGCGAAAGCUUCUAAUAACCUGUUUUUGCUUUGUCAUUCUGGGGUAAUGUGUGUAGAUUGAUGAGGGGAAAAAGUAAUUUAAUCCAUUUUAGAAUAAGGCUGUAACGUAACAAAUGUUGAAAAAGUCAAGGUGUUUGAAUACUUUCGGAAUGCACUGUAUAUAUUUAUAUAUAAAAAUAUGUAUGUACAUAUAUAUGUGUGUAUAUAUAUAUGUGUGUGUGUGUGUGUGUGUGUGUGUGUGUGUGUGUGUGUGUGUGUGUGUGUGUGUGUGUGUGUGUGUGUGUGUGUGUAUACACUGCUCAAAAAAUAAAGGGAACACUUAAACAACACAAUGUAACUCCAAGUCAAUCACACUUCUGUGAAGUCAAACUGUCCACUCAGGAAGCAACACAGA